UUUGCACGUGUUCCCUCAUAAGCGCCAGCUAGCGUAAAAGUGUGCCGACUUGCAUUUGAAGCAUUGAAGGCCAGCAGAUGUUCUGGAAAUUAAGGCUCGUGCGGACAAAGCUUCCAGAUCAUCAAAUGCAAACGGGAUAACCCCUCUCUUACCAUUCCAACUAUCAGACACUUACUUACACACAAGUAUGCGGUCUGCUUAUACUCCGGUAAAUUGGUCAUUUGGAACAUUUGCAGCAGUUGACUAUUCUUUAAAAGGAAUAAUCUUUGCCAUCGUUUUUGGCGCUGCAGUUGCUUCUCGUUUGUUUGCCGUUAUUCGACAUGAAUCAAUCAUUCACGAAUUCGAUCCUGCAUUCAAUUAUCGUGCUUCUCGUGUUUUAACAAUUGAUGGUUAUUAUAGAUUUUGGAAUUGGUUCGAUCCAACGGCUUGGUAUCCUUUAGGAAGAGCUGCAGGUGGAACGCUCUACCCCGGUUUGAUGGCUACAAGCGGUGCAAUUCAUAACUUCUUACACUUUUUCAACAUAAACGUCCAUAUUCGUGAUGUUUGUGUAUUCUUGGCUCCUGGUUUUGCAGGUUUGACUGCUUGGUCAACGUACAUGUUCACAAAGACGAUGAAAGAUGAAUCGGCAGGAUUAUUGGCAGGUGCAUUUAUCGCUAUUGCACCAGGUUACAUUUCUCGUUCAGUUGCUGGAUCAUACGAUAACGAAGCAAUUGCCAUCUUCUUGCUCAUGAUUACUUUCUAUCUCUGGAUCAAAGCAUUGAAGGAAGGAUCCGCCGUCUGGGGUGUGGUAACCGCCAUCUUUUACUUUUACAUGGUCGCUUCAUGGGGUGGAUACGUCUUUAUCACAAACAUGUUGCCUCUGCAUGCGUUUGUCUUGGUCUUGAUGGGCCGCUUUAGCACACGUUUGUAUGUCGCAUACAGCUCCUUCUAUAUCGUGGGCACACUGGCAAGUAUGCAAAUUCCUUUUGUCGGUUUCUUACCCCUCAGAACGAGUGAACAUAUGGCCGCUUUGGGAGUGUUUGGUUUGCUUCAAUUGGUCGCCUUUGUCGAACUGGUUCGAUCGCACGUUCCUUCAAAGCAAUUCACUCUAUUGCUACGCUUCUUUGUCGGGUUUGUCUUUCUUGCCAGCUUUGCCGCUCUCGUUGGUUUGACAUACGGAGGUUACAUUGCACCAUGGUCAGGAAGAUUCUACUCUCUUUGGGAUACAGGCUAUGCACGCAAGCACAUUCCAAUCAUCUCUUCCGUAUCUGAACAUCAACCACCAGCAUGGCCAGCAUUCUUUUUCGAUUUGCAAAUGUUGGUUUGGUUAUUCCCAGCGGGAGUCUAUUUGAUGUUCCGUGAAUUGCGCGAUGAACAUAUUUUCGUCAUCAUUUACGCUGUUAUGGCAAGUUACUUCGCAUCCGUCAUGGUUCGUUUGAUGUUGACUCUUACACCAGUCGUUUGUGUUACAGCGGCAAUCACCAUCAGUGCCCUUUUGGAUGCAUACUUGGAUCCACAAGAGCCAGAAUCAGCUGAGUCAACUGCUGAGGAGCUCGUUGAGAAUGAAACAAGAAGCAAGGGCAAGUCAGGACGCAAAUCAAACAAGGCAGGACCUUCUUCGUCUGUUGAUUCUACCGAUGCUACCGAUGACAGCGCUAUUGACGGACAUUCACCAAAAAUGUUGGGAAUAUACGGUCUAGACAGUCGUGCUGUUGUGGUGGUGUACACAACUUUGAUGCUGUUUGUUUACGUUUUGCAUUGCACUUUCGUCACUUCAACGGCUUAUUCAUCACCUUCAAUCGUUUUGGCCUCGCGUAACCCUGAUGGCAGUCAACAUAUCAUCGAUGACUUCCGGGAAGCAUAUGAUUGGCUACGACGCAAUACAGCGUCUGAUGCUAAGAUUAUGUCUUGGUGGGAUUAUGGAUAUCAAAUCGCAUUGUACAGUGACCGUACAACAUUGGUUGACAACAAUACCUGGAACAAUACCCAUAUCGCCACUGUUGGAAAAGCAAUGUCCUCUCCCGAAGAUAAGGCUUAUUCGAUCAUGCAAAAACAUGAUGUAGAUUAUGUUUUGGUGAUGUUUGGUGGUCUUUUGGGUUACAGUGGUGAUGAUAUCAACAAGUUCUUGUGGAUGAUUCGAAUUGCUCAAGGUAUCUGGCCAGAAGAGAUUCGUGAAGUGGAUUUCUUCACUCCACAAGGUCAAUAUAGAAUUGAUGAUGGUGCAACAAAGACGAUGAGAGAAAGUUUGAUGUACAAGAUGAGUUAUUAUCGAUUUAAUGAUUUGUUCAACGGAAGGCCAGGAAUGGACCGGGUACGUGGAACACAAGCAGCAAGCGUUUCGCCAACGUUGGAUUAUCUUGAUGAAGCUUUCACGAGUGAAAAUUGGAUCGUUCGUAUUUAUGAAGUAAAGAAAGAGGAUCCUCUAGGUAGAGAACUUCCUGCAGCAAACGCUUUCAAUAAAGGAAAGAGAAGGAAAAUUGCUGCCGUUCCACCAAAAGGAAGUUCUUCGGCUUCUGCCGCAAGAGGAAAAAAGAGAUCGGCAAGUGUAUAG